CUGGACUCGGUGUCAGAGAUCGGUCGCAGAGCCAGGAGGCGGAGGCGCAGGGCAGCCGGGGUCCAGCCCACACCCCCUCACCAGGCCCAGGAGACACCAUGCGGGGCUGUCCACUGGGGCUGUUGCUGCUGCUGCUGCUGCUGGCUGGCCAGGUGGCCCCAGGUGUAAGGCGGAGUCGCUGGCGCAGAGAACUGGCACCGGGUCUGCAUCUGCGGGGCAUCCGGGACGCCGGUGGCCGGUACUGCCAGCAGCAGGACAUGUGCUGCAGAGGCCGCGUGGAUGACUGCGCCCUGCCCUACCUGGGUGCCACCUGCUACUGUGACCUCUUCUGCAACCGCACUGUGUCCGACUGCUGCCCGGACUUCUGGGACUUCUGCCUGGGGGUGCCACCCCCUUUCCCUCCUAUCCAAGGGUGUCUGCAUGGGGGCCGCAUCUACCCAGUCUUCGGGACCUACUGGGACAACUGUAAUCGCUGCACCUGCCAGGAGAAAGGAGAGUGGGACUGUGACCAAGAACCAUGCCUAGUGGACCCAGACAUGAUCAACGCCAUCAAUCAGGGCAACUACGGGUGGCAGGCUGGGAACCACAGUGCCUUCUGGGGCAUGACUCUGGAUGAGGGCAUUCGCUACCGCCUGGGCACCAUCCGCCCAUCCUCAUCUGUCAUGAACAUGAAUGAGAUUUAUACGGUGCUAGAGCCAGAGGAAGUGCUGCCCACAGCCUUCGAGUCUUCCAAAAAGUGGCCUCACCUGAUCCAUGAGCCUCUGGACCAGGGCAACUGUGCAGGCUCCUGGGCUUUCUCCACAGCAGCUGUGGCGUCUGAUCGAGUGUCCAUCCAUUCCAUGGGACACAUGACACCUGUCCUGUCACCUCAGAACCUGUUGUCUUGUAACACCCACCACCAGCAGGGCUGCCGAGGUGGGCAUCUCGAUGGUGCCUGGUGGUUCCUGCGGCGUCGAGGGGUGGUGUCUGACAACUGCUAUCCAUUCUCCGGCCGUGACCAGGAUGAGACUGGGCCGGCACCCCGCUGUAUGAUGCACAGCCGGGCAACGGGGCGGGGCAAGCGCCAGGCCACGGCCCACUGUCCCAAUAGCCAGGUUGAUGCUAAUGACAUCUACCAGGUCACUCCUGCCUACCGUCUGGGCUCUGAUGAGACGGAGAUCAUGAAGGAAUUGAUGGAGAAUGGUCCUGUCCAAGCACUCAUGGAGGUCCACGAGGACUUCUUCCUGUACCAGGGUGGCAUUUACAGCCACACGCCAGUGAGCCUGGGGAGGCCGGAGCAGUACCGCCGACACGGGACCCACUCCGUCAAGAUAACAGGGUGGGGAGAGGAGAGGCUGCCUAACGGAACAACGCUGAAAUACUGGACGGCAGCCAACUCCUGGGGCCCGUCCUGGGGCGAGGGGGGCCGCUUCCGCAUCGUGCGCGGCGCCAACGAGUGCGACAUCGAGAGCUUCGUGCUGGGCGUGUGGGGCCGCGUGGGCAUGGAGGACCUGGGGCACCGCUGAGGCCGCGGGCACGAGGCCAGGCCGGUCCCCACCCCUGGGGAGGACGGCGGCGGGGCGCCCUCGGAGCGGACUGGGGGGCCUGGGGGGCCGGCCGGCGGGCGGGCGGGCGGGCGGGCGCCGGGCUCUAAUCCCUGCCCGGAUCCGCUGACGCUGCGCCCGGCCUGGGAGCCGCGGGCAGGAGAGGCCAGCGGAGCCCCAGACCUCC